CGGCCAUGUCGGUGCAGGAGGACCCGGUGCAGCGGGAGAUCCAUCAGGACUGGGCCAACCGCGAGUACAUCGAGGUGAUCACCAGCUCGAUCAAAAAGAUCGCGGACUUCCUCAACUCGUUCGACAUGUCGUGCCGGUCCCGGCUGGCCACCCUCAACGAGAAGCUGACGGCGCUGGAGCGCAGGAUCGAGUACAUCGAAGCACGGGUCACCAAGGGCGAGACGCUGACGUAGGCCCGGGGCUGCCCCGUGCCCCCUCCUCG